GGCGUCUGAUUGGCUGGGAUUAUUUCCCGAAGCAGGUGGCAUGAUGGCUUCUAUUUAUGAAUAUUCAUUUGCUCGUUUGCCCACGCACGCGUGCUUGUGUCAUGGUUAGAGAAUGUGAGCUGAGUUGGUGCAAUUAGAGAUUGAACACUAAUUUCGGGAGCCCCUCCCCGGUUCAUUUGUGCACUCGUGGGGGUACUCGCGGUCAACUGGAUCUUAUUACGCUUGAAGAACCGGACAAACAGGUCGAGCAGUUUAUCUUCUCUAUUUAAAGCGUGGUGCUAAAAAGCCGAACGUCAAACAACCAUUUAGCGGGCAACCGAGCAACCUCGCCCGCCUCACAGCGCACUUUCGUCGGAUUCGCAACCCGGAAAUUAACGUUAACUUUUUCGGGGGUACUAGCUUAAAAGCUAAAAUGAUGCAACAAAUCCCGGAGACGCCCGCUCAGAAGAAUUCUCUUUUUAACGCCAUGAAUCGCUUCCUCGGGGCGGUGAACAACAUGGACCAGACGGUCAUGGUGCCCAGCCUGCUGCGGGACGUGCCGCUGGGCGACGACGCCGAGAUGUGCGGUCACAAAUCGGACGUGGACGAGGGAGACGCGGAUAUGUACAGCUACUACCAGCUGCUCAAGUCCAUUCGGAGGGACAUCGAAUGGGGGCUGAGGGUCUCCCCCGUCGUCGAGGAGACGCCGCCCAGGCUCACUCGCAUCAACUCCAACGCCUCCUUCGCUUCAUCCGUGUCUUCAACUUCGUCAGACGAGGACUAUGAAGAAGACGAGGACCUGCAGAAGCAGUUCCAGUACCACCUCGCCGGUCUCCAAGGAGUUCUGAGCAAGCUCACCAUGCAGGCCAACUCCCUCACCAAGCGUUACAAUCAGUCCAUUGGACUCUAAACAGCAGACUUUGGCUUCUCGGGGCCAUUUCUGGUCCUUUGAGGGCCACCACUGAACAAAUGUUUGCCAUAUAUUUGUGGGGCUUUUCCUCUUUAGGGUUUAGACUUGCAGCACCUAAAGUCCCAUCAUUGUUGUCAUAUUAACUCUAAAAGUGGCUGAAGUGAAGUUUAAAAUGGAUGAGAAAAUGGCGGCAUCCCUACUUAUUACAGUGGGUGACGGUUAGGGAAUGUAUUGAAAGUGAAUGAGACUCAAUGCUUUGAUAAUUCCUUUUUUUUGUUGUUGUUUUUGCACUCGUGGGCGUUGAGUUUUUUGCUUGGAACUGCAGGUACAAACAUAUUUAAAAGCUUAUUUAAUGUAAUUUAUUACCUCAGGGCAUGUAUGAAUGUUUCUAGCAAAUGGAGAGGAUGUGGUAUGAAUUGGCCAUUUGAAAGUUAUUUCAUGUGCGCUUAGGAUCGUGCAACUUCUUGUCUUUAAUAAUGAAAGGGAAGGAGGCAGUUGCUUCAACUGUCAGUGAUUUCUCAUGUCUCGCUUUGGUCAAAGAACUGGAAUCAUCUGAUUGUUCGGCUCUCGAGAAUGAUGACGAAUUCCACGAGAUCGCUGUGAAUGUUGGAAAAUCUUUUGACUGUGCCUAAAAAGAUGCAUUUCUUUGCACCGUUUUUCUACUGAUGUUUUAUAUGUGAGAAUAAACUUUUGUAUGAA